UAGUUUUUUGUUUUUCUGGGUUUGGAGCCCAAGAAAUGAAACGUAAAAGGAAACAGAGGAAGUAAUGAUUCAUUUUAUUAUUUUAUCAUCUUACCAAAAUUUGCAUUCAAGCUUUAAGAAUCCUCUCCCUAUAAAUCUGAAACAUAUCGAACGUAUACCUUCAUCGCUCACUCAAACCACUUCUCUCUCUCUCUCUCUCUCUACUCCAGUUUACAAAACACUUUUCACUGUUUCUGCGUCUCUCUUUUGGAUCAAUGGCAAACGCUGAACGUAUGAUAACGCGCGUCCACAGCCAACGUGAGCGUUUGAACCAAACGCUUGUUUCUGAGAGGAACGAAGUCCUUGCCUUGCUUUCCAGGGUUGCAGCCAAAGGUAAAGGUAUCUUGCAACAAAACCAGAUCACUGCUGAAUUCGAGGCUUUGCCUGAUCAAACCCAGAAAAAACUUGAAGGUGGUGCUUUCUUUGACCUUCUCAAAUCCACUCAGGAAGCAGUAGUGUUGCCACCAUGGGUUGCUCUUGCUGUGAGGCCAAGUCCUGGUGUUUGGGAAUACUUAAAAGUCAAUCUCCAUGAUCUUGUCGUUGAGGAGCUUCAACCUGCUGAGUUUCUUCAUUUCAAGGAAGAACUCGUUGAUGGAGUGUAUGUUUACCAUUCCUUAACUUCAAAUUCUGUUUUUCUCUCUCUCUCUACAUCUCUGUUUCUCUCAACAAUGUCAUUUUUAAUUUGCAGUAAGAAUGGUGAUUUCACUCUUGAGCUUGAUUUCGAGCCAUUCAAUGCGUCUGUCCCUCGUCCAACGCUCCACAAGUACAUUGGAGAUGGUGUUGAGUUCCUUAACCGUCAUCUCUCAGCUAAGCUCUUCCAUGACAAGGAGAGCUUGCUUCCAUUGCUUAAGUUCCUUCGUCGACAUAGCCACCAGGGCAAGAAUUUAAUGUUGAGCGAGAAGAUUCAAAACCUCAACACGCUGCAACACGUCUUGAGGAAAGCAGAGGAGUACCUGGCAGAGCUUAAGCCGGAAACACCCUAUGAAGAGUUUGAGGCCAAGUUUGAGGACAUUGGUCUCGAGAGGGGAUGGGGUAACAAUGCUGAACGUGUCCUUGACAUGAUUCGUCUUCUUUUGGACCUUCUUGAGGCGCCUGACCCUUGCACUCUUGAGACUUUUCUUGGAAGAGUCCCAAUGGUGUUUAACGUCGUGAUCCUCUCUCCACAUGGUUACUUCGCUCAAGACAAUGUUCUUGGUUACCCUGACACUGGUGGUCAGGUUGUUUACAUUCUGGAUCAAGUUCGGGCCCUUGAGGUAGAGAUGCUCCAACGUAUUAAGCAACAAGGACUCGACAUUACUCCACGAAUUCUCAUUCUCACUCGACUGCUUCCUGAUGCGGUUGGAACCACAUGUGGUGAACGUCUAGAGAGAGUUUAUGAUUCUGAGUACUGUGACAUUCUUCGUGUCCCCUUCAGAACAGAGAAGGGUAUUGUUCGCAAAUGGAUCUCAAGAUUUGAAGUCUGGCCAUAUCUAGAGACUUACGCUGAGGAUGCUGCUGUUGAGUUAUCAAAAGAAUUGAAUGGAAAGCCUGACCUUAUCAUUGGUAACUACAGUGAUGGAAACCUUGUUGCUUCUUUAUUGGCACACAAACUUGGUGUUACUCAGUGUACCAUUGCUCACGCUCUGGAGAAAACUAAGUACCCAGAUUCUGAUAUCUACUGGAAGACGCUUGACGAGAAGUACCAUUUCUCAUGCCAGUUCACUGCGGAUAUUUUCGCAAUGAACCACACUGAUUUCAUCAUCACCAGUACAUUCCAAGAAAUUGCUGGAAGCAAAGAGACUGUUGGACAGUAUGAGAGUCACACGGCCUUUACUCUCCCUGGAUUGUACCGAGUUGUUCACGGGAUUGAUGUGUUUGAUCCCAAGUUUAACAUUGUCUCCCCUGGUGCUGAUAUGAGCAUCUACUUCCCUUACACAGAGGAGAAGCGUAGAUUGACUAAAUUCCACUCUGAGAUCGAGGAGCUCCUCUACAGCGAUGUUGAGAAUGAAGAGCACCUAUGUGUGCUCAAGGACAAGAAGAAGCCGAUCCUCUUUACCAUGGCUAGGCUUGACCGUGUCAAGAACUUGUCAGGUCUUGUUGAGUGGUACGGGAAGAACACCCGCCUACGUGAGCUAGCUAACUUGGUGGUUGUGGGAGGAGACAGGAGGAAAGAAUCAAAGGACAACGAAGAGAAGGCCGAAAUGAAGAAAAUGUAUGAUCUCAUUGAGGAAUACAAGCUCAACGGUCAGUUCAGAUGGAUCUCCUCCCAGAUGAACCGGGUUAGGAACGGUGAGCUGUACAGGUACAUCUGUGACACCAAGGGUGCGUUUGUGCAACCUGCAUUGUAUGAAGCCUUUGGGUUGACUGUUGUUGAGGCAAUGACCUGUGGGUUACCGACUUUCGCCACUUGCAAAGGUGGUCCUGCUGAGAUCAUUGUCCACGGCAAAUCAGGUUUCCACAUUGACCCGUACCACGGUGAUCAGGCUGCUGAUACUCUUGCUGAUUUCUUCACCAAGUGUAAGGAAGAUCCAUCUCACUGGGAUGAGAUCUCACAAGGAGGGCUUCAGAGGAUCGAAGAGAAAUACACCUGGCAGAUAUACUCACAGAGGCUCCUGACAUUGACUGGUGUGUAUGGAUUCUGGAAGCAUGUUUCGAACCUUGACCGUCUUGAGGCCCGCCGUUACCUUGAAAUGUUCUAUGCAUUGAAGUACCGCCCAUUGGCUCAGGCUGUUCCUCUUGCUCAGGAGGAUUGAAGAAAAGAGAAAAAAGACUCGGAUCGGAACCAGUAAAGAGUUUGAAGAGAGUGGUUCCGGUGUUUGAAGAAUAAAACAAGAUCUCCUUUUGAUUCUUAUUAUCAUUCGGAUUUGGGAACUCUUUUGUGUUCCUCUCCUUCUUUGUUAUUUUCAUUCCUUUGUCAUUGUUUUCCUCUGCCUCUUAUGGCAUUGCUUUGAAUUCUGGUUGUUGGGAGAUUUCCCUGCUAAUUGCAGUAAAAUUUCGAUUUUACUAUCUUGA